UAGAAAUGAUUGGCAGAAAUACUCGCAGCAAUCCUGUCAGUAUAUUAGACAAAUCUCUGAGCAAAGGAAGGCAUGAGAUAAACAUUUCCACCUUUGCACUUUUAUUUGCUGAAAUGAUUAAAUAUUCUCAAAAUAAAGUUAACACAGUACAAGAAUUACAAGAAAGGUUAACGGAUUAUGGAAAAUUUGUAGGAUCUCGUCUUUUAGAUCUAAUUACUUUAAGAGAGAAAGGAUACAAAAAAGAUGUUAAAUUAUUGCAUAUGUUAAUGUUUUUGAAAGGGCCCGUUUGGAAAAAUUUAUUUGGUUUAGAAGCUGAUAAACUUGAAAGGAGUAACGAAGACCCUUGUAAAUAUUUUCUCAUCGAAAAAGAGCCAAUGGUCAAUACAUUUAUUUCACUUCCAAAAGACAAAGGAUCUCUAAAUUGUGCAUCUUUUAUUGCCGGUAUAAUAGAAGCAUUCCUAGCUGAAAGUAAUUUCCCUUGUCGAGUAACAGCACAUUGGCAUAUGGGAACAGCUUAUAUGAUUGAAUUUGAAGAACAAGUUAUUACUAGAGAAAAUAUUAUUAAUGAAAUGUCUAAAUAA